CAGGCCCUUCGGAACACUGAGACUCGUUUUCAUCGACUGGCAUUCUGAUCUAUUCCUAAUCUCCGCUAGAAAAUGCAUUUUAAUAAUUUACCGGCCAGCAGGUUUUGAGGGGAAAUAGCCAUUUCUCCAUGUGCCAAAGUUAACUCCAUCAUUGUGUUUGCUUCAUGCGGUCUCAUUAACUUGCACUUGCGUCUGUGGGCGAUGUGUCAAUCUCUACACUCCAGUUCGCUUGACCCUCUGUCACACUUAACUGGUGGAGAAUUACUGUUCUUUUAGCUCCGUCUUAAACUUUGAGGUUUAAAUAAUAAAUUCUUAACAAAUGUUGUUUUAUUCUGGACAGUUAUUUGAGAUGGAUGACUGGUGUUUACUGAGUAAGGCUGUCAAAGGAUUACAGCAUUCAAGGAAAUGAUUAGCUUCGGGCACAGAUUAGCCCCAUGAUUAAAAGACAUGGUGGAGCAGGUUCAAGUGGUCGAACAACUCACUCCAUAAUAUAUCUACUCCAAACAGCCAUUACUACAAAACAGAAAAUACAAGGCAGGCAGCUUCAACGGCGAGAAUGAAAGGAAACAGGUCGAUAGCCUUUUCCUUGUCAGAACUGUCCCUAAUGGUCCCCUCAUUGAUCCAACAUUUAUUUUGCUUGUUCGUUUUAAACUCCUUUUCAAAGUGCUUGUUUUUCUUAAGAAAAAGACUGAAAUACUUUAAUUUCGUGUGGUUUAAAGUGAUUGAAAUGUUACCAAAGAUUCCGAAGCGGUCGUGUUGGAUUAGGCGGGGGGAACUGCAACGGAGUGUCCCCUUUAACCGGGAAAGUGCCAGCUCAAAGUCACACUGACUGCAUGGCGAGUGGCGGAGUCACGUUCUGGGAGGUUGGAGCGGUCCCAGUGUCAGGUUGACGCGGUUUCUGUUUUCUCUCUCUCUGUCUGUCUCUUUGUUUUUGGAUUGAUGGGUGAACAGAGCCAUAGGACUGGUACAGGAGAGCGAGGGAGGUAGGAGUGACACACAUACACACACACACACCUCCACCUCCCCCCCCCGACCACGCAAGAAGUCCUUCCCACAGGAGGAUGGGGAAGCAAGAUGACAGGGGGAAGAAUCAGAGCAUCAGGAUGAAGGUGCUGCCAGGAGGGGGAGCAGCAGAAACCCGAUGCAACCACAACAACAACAAACUCCCAGAGCCUCUCAGCAGCAGCAGCAGCAGCAGCGGCGGGGAAGCCGAGCCGAGCAAGGACAUCACCAAAUGUGACAAGACGGACGGAGACGACAGAACGCCAGGCAGCCUGCACUCACCUCCCGCCAUGGACACUCCCAGCAAGGAGCCGAGAGCGGACGGCAGCGCGGGGCCGCUCAGGGGGAGAGCGGAGGCGGAGGAUGAGGCGAGCCGGAGUCGGCAGCAGCAGCAGCAGCAGCAGCCGGGCGGUAAAGAGCACAACUCGGUUGGCUUUAAGGUGGAAGCGGCAGGAGCGGGAGACGACGCGAUGCUCGGCCAGGACGGCGAGGACUUCCCGCGGUACAGCACCAUGCAGAGUCACUUCACCGCCCUGCUGCAGCCCGGGGUGAACAAGUUCUCCCUGCGGAUGUUCGGCAGCCAGAAGGGGGUGGAGAAGGAGCAGCAGCGGGUCAAAACGGCUGGCUAUUGGAUUAUCCACCCGUACAGCGAUUUUCGGUUUUAUUGGGAUUUGAUAAUGCUGAUGCUUAUGGUUGGAAAUCUCAUCAUUAUUCCUGUGGGAAUCACCUUCUUCACUGAGUCAACGUCAACCAUUUGGAUUGUUUUUAAUGUUGCAUCUGACACCUUCUUCCUUUUGGACCUGAUUGUCAAUUUUAGAACUGGAAUUGUUGUCGAAGAUAAUGCCGAAAUUAUACUGGACCCAAAUGUUAUCAAGUGGAAAUACUUAAAGAGCUGGUUUAUCAUUGACUUUAUUUCUUCUAUACCAGUGGAUUAUAUCUUCCUGAUUAUAGAAAAAGGAUUUGAUUCUGAUGUUUACAAGACUGCCAGAGCACUGAGAAUUGUGAGGUUUACAAAAAUCCUUAGUCUCUUGCGAUUAUUAAGACUUUCAAGACUUAUACGAUAUAUCCACCAGUGGGAGGAGAUUUUUCAUAUGACAUAUGAUUUUGCCAGUGCAGUGGUGAGAAUAUUUAAUCUCAUUGGAAUGAUGCUUCUAUUAUGCCAUUGGGACGGUUGUCUCCAGUUUCUAGUUCCAUUACUUCAGGACUUUCCCCCUGAUUGUUGGGUGUCCCUAAAUGGUAUGGUUAAUGAUUCAUGGGGGAUGCAAUAUUCAUAUGCACUGUUCAAAGCUAUGAGCCAUAUGCUUUGCAUAGGCUAUGGAGCUCGGGCACCAGUGUCUAUGUCUGAUCUCUGGAUAACCAUGUUGAGCAUGAUAGUGGGAGCCACGUGCUAUGCAAUGUUUGUUGGCCAUGCGACAGCUCUUAUCCAGUCAUUAGAUUCAUCAAGACGACAGUAUCAGGAAAAGUACAAGCAAGUGGAACAAUAUAUGUCUUUCCACAAGCUUCCUGCUGAAAUGCGACAGAAGAUACAUGACUAUUAUGAGCACCGCUACCAAGGCAAGAUCUUCGAUGAAGACAAUAUUCUAGAAGAAUUGAAUGAUCCACUUAGGGAGGAGAUUGUCAACUUCAAUUGUCGGAAGCUGGUUGCAACGAUGCCCCUGUUUGCAAAUGCUGACCCAAGUUUUGUGACUAGCAUGCUGAGCAAACUGCGAUUUGAGGUGUUUCAGCCUGGAAACUACAUUGUUCGAGAAGGGUCAAUUGGGAAGAAGAUGUAUUUCAUUCAACAUGGCGUGGCUACUGUUAUCACCAAAUCCAGCAAAGAAAUGAAGCUAUCAGAUGGUUCUUACUUUGGGGAAAUCUGCUUACUCACUAAAGGACGGCGUACUGCCAGUGUGAAAGCUGACACCUACUGUCGACUCUACUCCCUCUCUGUGGAUCAUUUCAAUGAAGUGCUGGAGCAAUACCCAAUGAUGCGAAGGGCAUUUGAAACUGUGGCAAUUGACAGACUGAACAGAAUUGGAAAGAAAAACUCACUCCUUCUACAUAAGGUCCAAAGAGAUCUGAAUACUGGUGUUUUUGAUAACCAAGAGACUGAACUUCUCAAAAAGAUGGUAAAACAAGACCGAGAGAUGGUGCAAUUGAUGGAAACGCCCCUUAAUACAUCGUUUGGGAUAUUUCCUCCAUUCUCUGUCAACUCAGUCAUCAGAGCUUCUUUCCAGUCUCAACCACCAAAUAUAGCUCAGUUAGAUUUUCAGCAGACAUCUUCACCAAAUUUGAAUACCAGUUCACCAUCUUCUCAGUCGUACACUAGAGCGCCCCAGCUGGUUCACUCUGCCGCCAACCAGAGUUCACCCACACCCAGCCCACAGGCAGUGGUGCCAUCACCGAGUUCCUUUAAUGCUGUAGUUUCUAGUCCUUCCGUUCAGAGUCCAUUGGCAGGUCGAACUUUCCAAUAUGGUUCAUCAAAUGUGUCACAGAUAUCCUUGAUGCAGCAACAGCAGGUACAGACCCCAACUCAACGGCGUGAUUCCAACAAAAGCACACAGGGUUUGCAACCAAGCAGCCUGAGCAGAGAAGCAAGACCCCUCUCAGCAUCGCAGCCCUCUCUGCCUCAUGAUUUGACACCAUUAAUUGUCAAACCGCAUCCAUCUUCAGGAGAAUCACUAGCAGCCGUACCUGUCUCCAGUACACAGGGUACAGUACCUCAAGGUGGAAUCCGAAGCACUGUUCCUCAAAGAGUGGCCCUCUUCCGGCAUAUGUCCUCAGGAGCUCUACCACCACCUCGAGGGCCACAAGUAGCCUCACCAGCCCAAAAGAGGGAAACAUCUACAGUCUUAAAUACAGAUACUAAUCAAGGAAGACCACGAUUUCCCUCUAAUUUAUGACCCUAAAGGUUUUGUUCAGUGCCGACUUGUUUUCAUGAAUUACUGAGAUUCUUCACCAAUGUUAAUUACAAGGUAACCUCAUUGUUCAUGAGGAUAGUCUUAUCACCUUCUGACAGAUUGGACACUGCUGUCCUCAAUUACACGCACAGCUCAACGAAUGUAAAAUAUGACAGAAUAAAAAAUUAUAAAUCAAAAUUUUCAGAGUUCUAAUUAGUACAUCACCAGUCUUCCUUCACCAUGGAUUUUGGACAUGUUGAAUUGUUUUAUAAAUACUUGUAAAAUAAGAGCAAUGUAAUAAUAACUCAUCAACUGGAUCAAUAUUAUUGUUGAAACAAAAUCUAUUUGAGUGCACAACAAUGCAUAUCCAGUUCAGGACUGAGUUUUUAAAAGUAUAUCAAUGCUGCUCCAUAUAGCAUCACCUACACCAUUCAGUGUUUCUUGCUUGAGGACUACUCAUCAAGAUACUGUGUUCUUUAUCAACGAAGCAUGGAAUAUCAAAUAUAUUUUGUAAUGAACUUUCAAUAGAUAAUUCUGUAAAUGAUGUUCCAGUAUUAUUCUGGGUGAUAUUUCUGCAUGUUCAUAGAUGGACUAAGGACCAAUUUUAAAAAAAAAAUCUGACAUCUCUUCUAAAAUGGACAAGACAUUCCUUGUUUCAGCUUUAAUGUUAAAUGUAUGCUUCAUUUUAAUGGAUUCUGCUAAAGAACAUUUACGACAUGCAAAUGGACAAAUGAAUGAAUGCAUCCAUAUCUUCAAUGUUAGAAUAAAUACAAAUUUGCUUGUUGUGGUAACUAGGAAGUUUUCAUUCAUGCUCUUGUUUUCUUUCAUUGUGUCACCAUUCCCCAUGAAGCAUUGAUAAAAUUAAUUAUUUGUAGAUCAGGAAGAUAAUUUAAAAACAAUACUAUCAUAGGCAUGGCAUCAGUUGAUGUCUGUGAAUACUGUGCUGUGCAAUUUUAUUAUUGCAAUGUCUUAUUUUAUUAAAGUAGUAGUUUUGUUGAUUAGAGAACACCUACAAAUCAGGUUAAACAGAUCUUUUUCCUUUAUUUUGUUUCUUUAUUUUUACUGUAUUUAUUAUCAGCAUCUCGUUUGCUUAAAAUUUGUAGUUCAUAUGUGUUGAUUUUAGAAAACACCAUUUUCUCUUGUAAGAUGUCACAAUCCAUCUUUAAAGAUAGAUUUAAAGCCAUACUCUCUCAUAAUUUAAUUGGUAUUUUUAAACUCCUUAAUACAUGAACAUUGUUUGUAAAUUAUUUCUACUUUUUGUUUCUAUAAACAUAACUUUGAAACUUUUUUUUAAAACAUGAGAUCUAUGGUCUUAACACUGGUUGAAAGUUUAUGGAAAGCCCUAUUUUCUGUCAGUCUGAUUUAACUUUGUGUCAAAAUUUCAAUAGUUCUGAAUGUCUGAUCAGGUGAAACAUCAUGGGCAUGUUCAUCGCUUUCAACACAGUUACAAUAUUAUUCCAAUAGUUUUUCAUCAUUUAAUUUGUGUAUAAUUGUGUUGAAAUCAUGGAGCAACAGGCUGAAAUCAUGUUGAUUAAUUCAAUCACUUUGAUGCAAGAGAGAAUAUGGCUUUAACAUCUUCUGUUAUCUUUAACAUCAAAGUAUAUUUAUCAUAUGCAGCACAAAUGGCUACAUAUUUUUGAAUUCCAAAGUAAUGAUUAUUACUAUAGAAAUUAGAUGGAACAAAUAAAGGAAAAGGAUUAUUUCAGUAGAAAAUUGUGUUUGUGAGGUUCCUUUUUGUGUCUGGGUCCUUUUAACACUUUCUGCUUUCCUUUCUAUUUAUUUCAUAAGGAUUAUCAUUGCAAAGGAUAUUCUUACGCUAUUGUGUGCCUGAAGUGUGGUUAUUUCAUCUAUGUAGAUAUGCAAAGGAAAGUUAAUUUUUUUUUUUAACUUUGCAUCUUCAUAUAUUCAGAGAAAAUUAUCAGAAAUCCAGAAAGCCAUACGAACUGAUGUAAUAGUCACAAAUCCGAUUUAUGCUCAUUACAGAUGGCACAAAUUAAUGUAUAAAUCAAUAUUUAUGUAGAAAUUGAGUAAGAUUGACUAGGAUUAUGAUAAUGUAAAAUAUAAAAGACAUAUGUAUAUAUAGAUAUUCUGAAUUCUUGGUGGUGACACCAUGACCUCUAAUAAUUCAUCUUUGUAUAUAUCUAUAUUAAGAUAUGAUAAUGCUGCACAAUUUCAGUGUAGUUCUCAUGUUCAUUAACACCAUGUGGCAAAACAGCGAAUGUUUGGAUAAUGGUGCUAUUGAAAGAAACAUUGAAUGUAACAUUCUUGUAGAAAGACAAAGUAGUGGAUACGCUAAUUUUUAUUUGCUGUCUUUGCUUGUAAUGAACCUUUACUGAACAUAAAAGGAACAAAAUAUUAAAAGUCAAACAUUAUCAAAAUGAA